GUAAUAAUAAUAAUGUGUAGAUUCAUAUUUUAUUUGGGACUGCCUAUAAAGAUUUCACAGAUUGUUACAGAGCCAUCACAUGGUCUUGUACAACAAUCAUUGCAUGCAGAUAGCCCUGGUGUACAUUUGAAUGCCGAUGGAUUCGGUAUUGCAUGGUUCGUGCCAGAGAUAUCACCCAAUCCAGGUGUGUUUAAGGAUAUCACACCGGCAUGGUCCAAUGUCAACCUGCGUCAAUUGGCACGCGUCACCAAGUCUGGCUGCAUCAUGUCGCACGUGCGUGCUGCCAGUGCUGGCGCCAUCACCAACAACAACUGUCAUCCCUUCACCUACAAGAACUUCAGUUGGAUGCACAAUGGCACCGUAUCCUACUUCCCCAAGAUCAAGAGGCAGUUGAUCAACAUGCUCUCUCAAACAGCCUUUGAAUCAAUCAAGGGUACGACUGAUACAGAGGUAUUGUUUGCAUUGUUUAUAACAAACUAUGAGAUGGAGAUUGGAUACAAGACGGCAAGGAUUGAACAACAACACUUGACGACACCAGUGUACUCGACACAUUGUAUCACUGAGCCGGAGGAGGAACCCUUCCCUCUGACAGCAGACAACGCUCAGCUCUUCCCAAGAAUAAUGAGAAAGACAAUUCACCAAAUCCACGAACUGAUUCUGCAGUACGAGAUUGAACAUGGUAUCAUCAAGCUCAACCUCUGUGUGUCGGAUGGCUGCGCAGUCGUCUCCACGCGCUACAUCACCAGCGGGCAAUCCAGUGACGAUGCCCACACACUCUACUGGUCACGUGCCAAGGCGAUGGUCUGUGACAUGGGCCACACCCGCCUCACCUCAUCAGUGGGUGGCGAUGCAUACUCUCUAGUUAUCAGCUCGGAACCACUGGCCAAUGAUCUCCAGUGUGAGGCUGUCCCGGUCAAUCACAUGGUUGUUGCUAACUCUACUGGUGUCUUUGCCGUCGUAUCACUGAACUAA